AUGGUCGGUCCCCCCUCUCACCCUGCAGCAGCACUCGGCCAGUUCAACAAUGGUGAGGCGUCCCCCGCAGGUAUUGUUGCUCAGCCUCAGCUGCAGCCAAUGCCCGCGUUCGUGCCGCCGUCCAUGCCCAACUCGGCCCACUCCCUCCCUCCCCCGCCACCCAUUGCCGUGGCCAUGGAGACGCCGCAGUUCCCCCCGGCUGGGGCGCAGCAGGGCGCUGCUACUGGUGCUGAGGGACGAGAUGGGCAGGGGCAGGGGGAGGGGGAGGCGGUGUUGGCGCCUCCGGCUGUGGUGCAGCGCGUCGGUGGUGGUGAGGGAGGGGACCCGGUGAUGGUGCAGCCAUUUGUGCCCCCCCAGCAGAUGAUGCCAGCGGCGCCGCCUGCGCCCUCUUCCCGCAUACCCCUCUCCCCAUGA